GAUGGGAGACCAGAGGACACAACAGAGCCCUUGCCAAUUAGGUCAUCAUUAAACUAGGAGUCCCCAGUGGUAAGGUCUAUGGUUUCGAGAUUGACACACCUUGCUUCAACAAAAACCACGUUCAUUCUGACACCCAAACCCUUCCGGUGGGAGGGAAUACUCACAAUGCGGGAGUGUGGCCCUUCCCGGAGACACAUCUGGAAGCUAAGCUCUCCCACUACCAAAGCCUAUUCUCAUGUCCGUCUCAAUAUAUUUCCCGAUAGAUGUAAUCUCAUAACAGAUUCCCCCACAACAAAUACCGGGAGUACUAACACACUAUUAGGAAUUCCCCGCUUCCGCUUGUUUAGAACUACAGUCUCCGUGUUCUCCAGCGAUCCGGACGCGAUUAUUGACUUUGCUCUCGUCUCCUUUGAUGGCCUGGCAAUCUCCUACAGCGACCGAAACUCUGGAAUAAAAGCUGCCAAUCUGUUGCUUCCCGGAAGAGGUAAGGACGCAGGAAACGGUUGGGAAACCAAUCGCAGCCGUGAGCCAGGCCAUGUCGACUGGGUCCGUCAAGGUUGUACGCCUUUCCCUUGGACCAGCCGAAACGCCUUAGUUAUACUAACCGGUUUUCACCACAAAGGGGCUCCGGGAUACAUUGAAGAGAUUGUAGUUGACACCCUCCACUUCCGUGGAAACUAUUCUCAAGCCGUUGAAAUCUACACCAUCAAUUCCUCCGACCAACAUAUCGCCGGCGAUGCUAGUGGAUGGGAACUUAUCGUUCCUGCACACUCUUGUGAGGCGGAUAAGGAACAUGCAUUCCAGUCCACCCUCUUCCAGAACAUUAACGGAAAAACGGUUACUCAUGUUAAAAUGGCCAUCAUUCUUGACGGAGGGGUGAAACGCUCGAGAGUCUUCGGGAAAAGUGCUAUAUUUGCUGGUAACUAA